AUGAGCAAGCACUGGCUGCUCAGAGGGAACGGACAUGGCCUUGGUCAAUUCCUCCUUCUUGGCAGUGUGACAACAGCCAAGGUUUGCGUUUGCUGCCGGCCGUUCAACGAGUCAUCAGGGGCGGUGCAGGGGGUCAUGUUCCGUGGGAUGAUGGUGUCGCGUCUGUGCGGUCUUAUGUGUUGCAACUCUCAGGAGUCGGCCUUCUGUCGGCGUAGGUGGCAUCGACAGAUCGGCGCCACCAGUCGCCAGCUUUUGCCGCCUCUUCGGAGCAGUUUCAAGGCUGGAGAGAGCUUCCAGCUUCAAAGCGGGAGGACGGGGAGGAGGGGCCGCAGCGCACGCGCGAACUAG